CAGGAUAAAGCUGGUCAAAUGAUUUUUUGUUUUCCCAGGGCAUGUAAAAAUUAUGUUUACACUAUAGUGUAGUCUAUUAAGUGUGCAAUGUCAUUAUGUUUUAAAAAUGUACAAACCCUAAAUUAAAAAUACUUUAUUGCUAAAAAAUGCUAACCAUCAUCUGAGCUUUCAGCAGGUCAUAAUCUUUUUGCUGGUGGAGGGUCUUGCUUUGAUGUUAAUGGCUGCUGACUCAUCAGGGUGGUGGUUGCUGAAGGCUAAAUGGCUGUGGCAAUUCCUUAAAGUAAGACAGUGUUGAAGUUUGUGUCAUCGAUUGACUCUUGCUUUCAUUAAUGAUUUUUCUGUAGCAUGUGAUGCUGUUUGAUAGCAUUUUACCCACAAUAGAACUUCUUUCAAAACUGGAGUCAAUACUCAAACCCUCCUGCUGCCUUAUUAAGAAUAGAAAAUGUUAUAUUCUAAAUCAUUUGUUAUCAUUUCCACCAUCUUCACAGUCUCUUCGAUAGGAAUAGAGUCCAUCUCAAGAAACCACUUUCUUUGUUCAGGUGUAAGAAUCAAUUUAUCCACUGAAGUUUUUUUCCUGAGAUUGCAGCAGUUCAGUCUCCUCUUUAGGCUCUACUUCUAGUUCUCUUGCUAUUUCUACCACAUCUGCAGUUCCUUCCUCCACUGAAGUCUUGAAUCAUCCAUUUGUAAAAUUGCAGUAUCUGUGAAGCACAGUAAAGUGAAGUGCAAUAAAACAAGGUAUGCCUGUACUUUUUAAAUUCCAGGGAUUAUCAGCAGCUAAAAUAUGUCUAAGGCAUGAGUGGAUGGAAAGAGAGUGGGAGGCAAAAAAAGAAGACACAGCAUAUGAGAAAAAGAAUCCUUUCGACAAUUGUUUUAUUCAGAUCCUUCUGAACAGAAGAUAGUUGAAAGGCUUUGGAAUCUGGAGUCUAUUGAAGACAAUGAAGUAUAUUUGCCUAAUGAUGAAAUUUGGACCUAUGAUAUUGAUAGUGGGUUGUGGACCAUGCACCUCAUGGAAGGAGAACUCCCUACCUCCAUGUCAGGAAGUUGUGGUGCUUGCAUUAAUGGAAAGCUGUACGUUUUUGGAGGAUAUGAUGACAAAGGAUACAGCAAUCGACUUUAUUUUGUUAAUUUGCGGACAAGAGAUGGAACCUAUGUUUGGGAAAAAAUCACCAGUUUUGAAGGACAACCACCCACACCACGUGAUAAACUUUCUUGCUGGGUAUAUAAAGACAGAUUAAUAUAUUUUGGUGGCUAUGGGUGUAGGAGACACAAUGAACUCCAAGACUGUUUUGAUGUUCAUGAUGCAUCUUGGGAAGAACAGAUAUUCUGGGGAUGGCAUAAUGAUGUUCAUGUAUUUGAUACAAAGACACAGAACUGGUUUCAACCAGAAAUCAAAGGUGGAGUUCCACCACAGCCACGCGCCGCGCACACGUGUGCAGUUCUUGGGAAUAAGGGCUAUAUCUUUGGAGGACGUGUUUUGCAAACUAGGAUGAAUGAUUUGCACUAUCUGAACUUAGAUACCUGGACUUGGUCUGGAAGGAUUCCUGUUAAUGGAGAAAACCCCAAACAUCGGUCAUGGCAUACUUUAACACCAAUAGCUGAUGAUAAACUUUUUCUAUUUGGUGGACUAAGUGCAGACAAUAUUCCAUUAAGUGAUGGUUGGAUUUAUAAUGUCAUAACAAAUGGUUGGAAACAACUUAUUCACUUACCUAAAACAAGACCCAGGUUAUGGCAUACGGCCUGUUUGGGGAAAGAAAAUGAAAUAAUGGUAUUUGGUGGGAGCAAGGAUGAUUUACUUUCCUUGGAUACAGGCCACUGUAAUGAUUUAUUGAUCUUUCAAACACAGCCUUAUUCACUACUCAGGUCAUGCCUUGACUGCAUUGGCAAAAAUGCUAUAAUUUUAGAAAGUCAGAUAUCUUUAUUACCUCCUAAACUUCUGCAACAAGUACUCAAAAAAAUAACAUUUUGGACUGCAGCUAAUCACCGAGAAGAACAAAGAACCCAAAAAGAAGAAACAGAAAAUAAGUAUCAGUGGAUCAUUAGCAAUUAAAUUGUCGUAUACUCUAUAUAUUUAAUAUGUGUAAACAUUUUAAUCAGACUGUAUAUUUACCCCCCAAAUUGGAGGCUUUAUUUAGAAGAUAAAAUUUGAAACAAAAAUGCUAUGUUAAAGUGAUUAUAUGUCAUGAAUAUAUGGGAAUUAGAUGUUAAUGGAAGAUUAAUUUAUAUUUAUAUUUGUAAACUAAUUUCCUAAUAAGCUGCGGGAAGAAAUAUACUUUCUGAAAGUAAGUACAGUUGUAAGAGAUUUUAACUCACUGUGUACUCUUUACUGGAAAGUUUACAUGAAUUUGAGGAGAAUAAGAAAUUAACCCAAGGACUUUAGAAAUCCCCCAACAUAAUAAUAGAUAAAAGCAUUAUACAUCAACUUUCAGGAAGAAUGGAUGUUCUCAAGCCACUUUAAAAUUAAAGCUUCUCAUUAAAUAACCCAGUUAUUUAUAAAACUUCUCCUUAAAUAACUGAUCCAGCUGGGCAAAAUGAUAAAAUUGGCAAACACUGAUGUGUGUUUAGUACCGGCCUUCUACCCUUCUGCACUUACCUAGCAAAGUCUUGUUAAGCAUCAUCGUAACUUUUCCUCACCAUUAUUUAAGGAGUGGAAUACAUGUCUUCAAUUGUCCAUUACUCCUAAGUUGUUAGUUUGUCCAAAUUUAUAUAUAUAUAUAUAUAUAUAUAUAUAUAUAUAUAUAUAUAUAUCCCAUGUUUUAAAGUGUCUAAAGUGGAGGUUUGCUUAUCAUACAGGCUUUGAAAUAUUGAGAAGCAGUAGAUGUAUUAACUUUUCAGACACAUUAAAAAAUACUUUUGCUUUGGAAGAGUGCUUCUAAAGCAGUUUUUGUAAGUAAUGAAAUGGGAUGAUAACCUAGUAAUUUGCCUGUAUAGAAACCCUGCUUUUUGGCCCACACCUCUCUACAGAGCUGGUACUCAAGACCCACCAUACUGGAAAUAUGUUCUCCUCCCACUGAUGGUCAGUAUUAACUGCCUCUACGGAAAUGGCACACUGUAUUUAUCUUUAUAUUCCUUAAACUAGUACUUUUGCCAUAAUUAAGAAAUUACUCAUAUUAUCGGUUAUACCCUUCCACUGAAUUAUUAAUAACAAUGAAUUAUUUAAAAGUUCAGUAUAUGAAAUUAUUCUCCAUAAUACCACCAUUCAGGUUAUCUCUAAAAUUUAAAAUGUUAGAGAGAAUAUAUUUCUAUAUUGAAAAAUAUAUGUAAUUUAUAAUAUAGUAGCUUAUACUAGGUCAUUAAAUUUUACAGGUAUAUUUUAUAUAUGUACUGUAUUUUGGAAGUGUAAAGCUUCUAUUUAUGUAUUGAAAUACUUUGUGCUUACAUUUUAUUUAUUAUACGAACCAUAUAUACUAUUUUCCUAGUUUUGUUAGUGUGAACCAGUCAUUAGAGUUGAUUGUGCAAAUAAUAUUUCAGUGUAAGUUUUAUUUUUUACUACGUUUAGGCUGAUUAACAGAUUUAGAAAAUGAAUCUCACAGGUAAUAUACAUCUUAGAAGUCAUUAUUACAUGAGCUUCUGUUAUCAGCAUUUUUAAGGGAAAAAACAUCAAAACCUAUUGGACAGUGAUAGAUGACAUUGAAGGAAAUGAACAUCUUUUAAAAUGUGAAUUAUGUGAAUUUAAAUUCUAGAUUAUGUGAACACUUUCCCUAGCCUCUUAGAAAAGUGCUUCUGAUUUUAAAUGGUUUACUUAGAAUGUGAAAAGUUGGGAGUAGCCUCCUCAAAAUACACUAUCAUUUAGGCUUCAACAGAAAUCUGUGAUCUGUGGCACACAAAACUUUUGACUUAAUACACCGUGCUGCCUCAGGAACCUGUAUGUUCUGAGCAGUAGCCCCAUGGUUGGAGUGGCAGGAAAUUCUGAUCUUUACCUUUAAGCUCCAAAAGUUGGAUUAAACCGAGCUUGGCUUGUCUGCUAUUAGAAAUUCUUGGAGUCUGCAAAGCCUGUGUUGAAGUCUCAAAGCCAAAUAGUAUUAAUUCCUCACUUCCCAUCAGCUGAUGGUUUGCUGUCAAUUUUUGUGCUGCUGACCUCCACAGUACAGAGGAACCCAAGACAGUAAUAGCCCCAUAACUUUCUCUCCGAGCUCCCCUCACAGGUGCUGUGUUUGAAAAAUGACUCUACAAGGGUUGACAGUCUUUUUCAGAUGGUUCACAGAAUAGGUUUCCAGUCUGGUUCUCAAGGAAAAAGAUUUCUGGCCAUCUUUAUUAUGGUUAUUCUCAGUAUAUUCUUCCCGUUGCCAGGAAGAAUUCUUUUGAGUAUUAUCAUUUUUAGUACGAUAUAGUCAGUAACACAUCACGGUUAGGGUACAUUUUUUUCCAAAUCACAUCUUUGCACACAUAAAAAAUGAUUAGCCUUUGGCUAGAAGCAUACCAAAGAACUUUAUACCUUCUGUCUAGGCACUAAAGUGAUGCUUUCACUAAUACAUUAUUUAUAUUGUACGUGUGUGUGAGAAAGAAAUAAUAGAAACUAAGAGAAUAAUUUUCAGGAUAGUACACACUGACAAAUAUUUUUUGACAUUAGAACACUUCAAAAGAAAAGCAACUUUGAGAAACAUGUAAUACUCCCUCCCUGCUUUGUGCGUGUGUGCGUGCACAUGUGCACACAGUCACACACACAUGCCUGUUUUUUCAUUUUAUUAAUGUGAUUAUAUUGGCAUUUCAAGUUGUUGAGGCUAUCAUACAGUCCAGUGUGCGGGAACAGCAAGAACAUUUUUUAUCAUCCUGUUACGGACUGAAUGUUUGUUCCCCCCAAAUUCAUAUAUCGAAACCCCGAUCCUCAAUCAAUGUAGUAGUAUUUGGAGGUGGAGUAUUUGGGAGGUAAUUAGGUUUAGAUGAGGUCAUGAGGGUAACAACCCCACAAUGGGAUUAUUGUCCUUAUAAGAAGAGGCAGAGACCAGAGCUCAUUCGCUCUCUCACCUGCCAUGUCAGGGUGCAAUGGAAAGGCAGCCAUCUGCAAGCCAGGAAGGGGGUCCCCACUUAAAUCUGCCAGCACCUUGAUCUUGGACUUUCCA